CGCAGGCGAAUGCUACGCUCAGCAGAGUCGAUCUGAUCUGCGAGACAGCAGGAGCAUCAAUCUUUGCAUUCCUGCUUUCCAGAAACGACCCGCUGACCUGCAUCAAGCUCUCUUGCCUCAUAUCGCUCUCUGCUUUGCCUGUUCAUAUUUUUCUUGUAGGAGCAAUGAAUAGAUUUGCCGAUGGCAUCUUCGAUCACCAUGAGCACAGAAGACCCCCAAACGCCACUGCUACUUUCGACAUCCGGAUGAUAGUGGUAGAUGCUUGGGUCACCAUCAGAAACGGCUGGACAGAGUACAUCAGCCAGCCGGUCCUCCCAGCGAGCCUCGCCUACGUGCUCGUCUGCUUCAACGUUGCUCUCGCCCCCGGUGCUCUGAUGACCACGUUCUUGAUCCAUAACGGUGUGAGCCCGCUGGUCCUUGGCGCAUUCGGUGGCUCAUCGGCGCUGAUGGGGAUCCUCGCGACGUUCAUGACGCCAAGCCUUGUCAAGGAGCUUGGCAUCCUGAAGGCCGGGGCGGCGGGGCUGCUUGCCCAGAGUGCGCUACUUGGCGCCGCGGUCCUGGUCUACCUGAGCGGCUCCAUCUCUCGGCGAGGCGCCCUCUUCAUCUUCCUCGGCCUGAUAGUGGCGUCGCGGCUGGGGCACAUGGCAUACAGCGUGAUCGGUCUUCAGGUGGUGCAGACCGGGAACCCCAUAGGGAAGGCAAAGCUCAUCGGCGCCACAGAGAUCGCCGUUGCCAGCCUCGCAGAACUUGGGAUGAUGGCGGUAGCAGUCGCCGCUAGGGACGUCUCACGUUUCGGUGCUGUCGCCGUGCUCUCCGCCGCCGCUGUCGUUGCAGCCGCCUGGCUGUACUGUGGCUGGUUAGCCAAAGCCACCCACGAGCUGAAAACGCUUUUCCGCUACGGCGAUGGCGAGUGAGCUCGGCGUACUUGCUCAAAAUGAGGAUUGUCCGUACUCACUCAGGAUUUUUCGUCUCGAAAAAUGAGUCUCAUUUUUUGCUAGAGGCUGAAACAGGCCAAGAUUAGCUUUGAAAAGGAAAGGGUAAAUACAUAGAAUCCACAUGUCAUGGUUCAUUGAACAGGAAACCAGAAACAGCAUGACUUUGCAUGCUCUGCAAGUUUGUACCAUUUUGAUAGAUAAGGUGAAUGACAUAAAUACAAUUUACCACGAGAGUACCUCUUCGCCAUGAAUCCUAUGCAGUUGAUUGCCA